AUGCCACCUAAAAUAGGUCGGAUAUUGGCGGAACUUGGGGUAUGGGAGAAAAUAGCGGCAGAGAGAGUAUCCUUUGACUUCCACAGCAUCCGAGAGGGGUCUAGUGGAAAGGCUUUAGGGGUUAUGGAUUGUAGGAACAUUGAAGGAGAAUAUGGCUACUAUCAGACAGGUGGCCAUAGGGCAACCUUGAUCAAUACCCUCUACCAUGCAUUCACUGCACCGCAUGAGUUCCAUGACAAACCAACGUUUUGGGUGACUCCUCGCGACAAUACAUCAUAUCAAAUUAGAGAGAAACACCAUGUGGUCGCCUACCCUAUCUCUGGACGGAGCAUUUAUAACAUUUCGACAACACAGCCUGAUGUGAAUUUUGCACCUACGCUCUCAGCCACCUAUACAAGUCAGGGUUCCGAAUCAACAAUGCUGUCGGUAUAUGGCAACUUUUACCCUCUCGUCUUAAGAAUGUUGGAUCUGGCACCAGAUGAAGAGGUCUGGUCUUUUGCUCUUCUUAGAGACGCCUGCCAUCCAACCCUCCCAUACUUGGGCCAAGGGGCUGCCCAGGGGAUUAAAAAUUCUGCUAUUCUUAGCAUCUUUCUGUCUACACUCCCUGAUGCAUUCCUCAUUACCAUCAAUAAAACACUACCAGCUUUUGAAAAGGCGAGAAAAGGACGAGCGGAACAUCUGGUCCACUUAGCCACAAGUCAGCACGCGCACUCCACAUGGGAGAGGAGAAGACACGCGAAGAACAAGACCAGAAAAGUGCCCAAUAAAGUGAUAGAUGGGGACGCACAUAAAAUGGCUUAUGGAUUUGACUGUAUGGAGAACGCACGUGAGAAGAUUCCAGAUGUUUUUGAAAGGGGGGCUAUCUGA